AUGAGCGCCGCGGGGUCCCGGGUCGAGGCGGCGCCGCGGCUCGCGCAAUGGCGCGUCGACGCCCUCCCCUGCUACACCUACCGCAAGUCCGACUCCUUCCGCGUCGGCCUCUGGAACUGGUACCUGUCUGUGGAGAGAAACAACAAGCAAACUUGCGUUAAGCUCUUUGCAGAGUUGUCAAAUUCUGCCAAGAACACAGCCCCCGCACCGAUAGCCUCGUUUGUCACGAAACUUCUGAUAUCCUUUCCUCCAGAUCAGAAGAUCAUAGAGCAUCCAGGUAUCCUGGACAAGCCUCUGAAACACGAAGGGUUUGUGUGGACGAUUGAUAGUAGUUUUACAGGAAGAUUUGUGAUUGAGAUAGAGUUUCUGGACCUCAAAGUUGCAGAUUCAUCUGGAGGUGAACCUGCCUCGAUCUGGGCCUCACGCCAAAUCAAGCAGUCUUCAGACAACACCGCGCUGUCAUCCCUUGCAAGGAUGCUGCAAGAAGGCAUCCUCUGCGACAUCACGAUCAACGCCGACGAUGGCAGCAUCAGGGCGCACCGGGCGAUCCUGGCCGCCCGCUCGCCCGUCUUUCGGAGCAUGUUCUCGCACGACCUCAGGGAGAAGGAGCUCUCCACGGUGGACAUCUCCGACAUGUCCCUCGACGCGUGCCGGGGCUUCCUCAACUACAUCUACGGCAACCUGCGCAGCGAGGAGUUCCUCGCGCACCGGCUGGCCCUCCUCGGCGCCGCCGACAAGUACGACAUCGCCGACCUCAAGGAGGCGUGCGUCGAGAGCCUGCUGGAGGACAUCGACGCCCGGAACGUGAUCGAACGGCUACAGACGGGCCACCUGUACCGGCUGCAGAGGCUCAAGGACAGCUGCCUCAGGUUCCUGGUCGACUUCAGGAAGGUGUACGAGAUGCAGGAGGAGUUCAGCGCGUUCCUUCAGACGGCGGACAGGGACCUGGUGGCUGAGGUGUUUCAGGGCGUUCUUGCGGCGUGGAGCGGCCGGUGA